GCGAGAGGGAGAUUGAGUGACAACUGCAGGAGUGCCUUUAUCUCUCACAUGGAAAGAUCUGUGCAUCAGGGAGAGAAAAAUGCUGCAAUUGGUGAUUUUGCUCCUUGCUUCAAGUUCAUUCACUUUGUGUUCAGAAGUUGUAGGACAGUAUCACUUGAUGAAAGAUGUAAAGGGAUGGGAGGAUGCCCAGACGUACUGCAGAGAGUACUUCACUGACCUUGUUACCAUUCGCAGUCAUGACGACAUGGAGACAUUGAUCAAACUAACAAACGGCAUCAAUGUGCCAUCAGAAAUCUGGAUUGGUCUGAAAAAGACCGGCAUGGGGACUUGGUCGUGGUCAGUUGGAGAAAAAACCAGAUCAGCCGGAUACAGUAACUGGGCCACUUCACCUGCCUCCUCUCACCACUGCGGAGGCAUGGGGGGUGAUGGGAAAUGGUUCGGUGGACUCUGUAAUACUAUUCGUCCCUUUGUGUGUCAUGGAGGGGAGACGUCAGGUAGGAUGCAUGUCGUUCUUGAAGAGAAGAAUUGGAGGGACGCCCAAACAUACUGUAGACUGAAUUAUUUUGACUUGGCCAGUGCAAGGAACGAGACUGAAAACGAUGAAUUACAGCAAAUAAUGAGUAGCUCAUCACUGUCCUCGGUGUGGUUCGGUCUGUUCAGAGAUGAGUGGCAAUGGUCGGAUCAGAGUAACAGUUCUUUCAGACAAUGGGCUCCAGGUCAGCCGGAUUCUGAUUCCUGUACAUUGAUAAGGAUCUCUUCCAAGAACUGGUGGGACAGAAGCUGUACUGUCAAAUAUCCUUUCUACUGCUAUGAGGACGUAAAAAUAAAACAUGUGAAGAUUGUGAGGGUGGAAAUGAAGUCAGAUCCGUCCUUAGACCUCAAUGACGAAGCUGUGUCCAAUGCCAUUUUGCAGGAACUCCAACUGAAGUUCCAGGGACUCGACCUUCAGUGGAGAGUCCAAGAUGGGAAGAUUUUCCAGGAAAAACAGAAAAAGAAAACUAAUGAAGAAGAGGAUAUUGUGAAAUGACCUGCAGUUCCAAACAAGAUUUUUUUUUUUAUAAGGGUCCCCCCUUAUAUACAAUUUUACUUUUUUGACAACUUCACAUCAUAUCUUUUUCAUAACUAUUUGAGUUAUGUGUGUAAAGGAAAUACAAUCUUGACUGAAUCUUUUUGAAAUGCCUGUGGAGUUAGGGUUUAGCCAAUAAAGGAAUAUUUAUGCAUAUGUCAUAUUUCAGUUGAUUCUAAAGGCUUGUGGCUUUUCCGUUAUUUAUUGGGGAAGCCUUAAUUAUCCUGCUGUGUUGCCCAAUAAUAAUUUCUUUACUCUACUAAAAAUAAUUAGGGUCCCCCCUUAUAUAAAAAAUUAUAAUAAGGGGGACCCUUAUCAAAAAGAUUAGUUCUGAACUUACAGCUCACACAACAAUUUGAUGUGUUUCCCUCUCUAUGGGCCCAUCCCCCCACGUGAACCACACCUGGCCAGGCGCGCCGGAUUCAUUUUAGAAGUGGGGGGGCCAAAAAAAGUGCGUGUGUAUGGCCCAAUCCCAAACCACGCCCUACACCUACACACACACCCUCCGUGACGGAGUGA